AUGACCGCAGCUGACAGGGCCAUCCAGCGCUUCUUGCGGACCGGGGCCGCAGUCAGGCCCGAGGGGGUGCUCCGGAGACGUCUGCGUCCAGCAGGGUCGGGGGCCCGGGACCGAGGCGGAAAGGACGCAGGCCUCUCGGGGCCUCCAGCAGCCCCAGUUCUGUCUGCGUUCCUCGGGAAGGAAAGUCAGCCCCCGACCCGCGCCGUACAGGUCAUGAGGAACUGGGGCGUUCUGGCGGCAUCGCCGCGGCCCUCCGCGGCGGCAUCUACGUCAUCUGGGGGCCGUGACCGAAGAAAGAAGCGCAGGAAAGGGCUCGUGCCGGGCCUGGUCAAUCUGGGGAACACCUGCUUCAUGAACUCCCUGCUGCAAGGCUUGUCCGCCUGCCCCGCCUUCAUCAAGUGGCUGGAGGAGUUCACCGCCCAGUACGCCAAGGAGCAGGAGGAGCCGCCCCCACACCAGUACCUGUCCCUGACCCUGCUGCGCCUGCUGAAAGCUCUGUCCGGCCAGGAAGUUACUGACGAUGAGGUCCUGGAUGCAAGCUGCCUGCUGGAUGUCCUUAGAAUGUACAGGUGGCAGAUCUCUUCCUUUGAAGAACAGGUGAGUCAGCAGUCGGCCGGGCAUAGCCAAGAAAAUCCUUUGUCCUGGCGACUGGGGGCCUGGCCUGGCUGCAGAUUUCUGUGCUGUGUUGGACAACACCGAAUGCUCCCAGCUCCCGGCGCCUCCUCCCAGCCACCUGGACAGGACAGUGUUCUCCAGCUCUGUGAGGGCGUCCUCUGCUGCUGCCGACCAGGCAAUGACCAGGGCCGUGGCCCUCGAGCCUCCCAAACUGUGGGGCUGCAGUGGUGGUGGGGCUUCCCAGCUCCCAUUCCCUUGUUCUGCCUUGCUCUGAGCCAUGUCGCGU